AUGAGAAAUCAGAACUUUUACUCUCCUUCUAGCGAGGACAUGCCAGCGCCUGUAAAAUUUCCUCGGCGCACAUCGUCCUUGCGUCACAAGCGGCCACUACCUCGCAUCGUCACCACCAUCGAGCCCAGGUACAACAGGCAAUUGUUCACACUCCACGAAUGCGCCGAUGAUGCUUCUCGGCCUUCCCACAAACGGAGCUUUUCCAUGAGCUCAUCACGGACGCCUACGACUCCUGGUCACAUCGACUCGCCAUUCAGUGAUGUAGCGCCUACACUGCGCAUGUUUUCAACAUCAUACGUCAUGACAAAACCAAAAGGGAAUUCGGCAAGCUACUUUGAGAGCUACGUCGGCAAUACUCGCCAAGUGAUCCAACCCAUCCAGCAGAAGCCGCAAGGAAAAGUCCAAAGUUGGCUUUCUAAGCUUCCUCAUCGAACGGAACUGCCCUUUGAGGAGAGGAAGAGAGACGACGAAGUGGGCAGAAUAUCAAGGCCUAGACAGGCAUACGCUGUUGUCGACGCUUCUACAACGCCUACUGGAGCUCAGAAGCAAUUUCUGGAUCUGGAAGAAGACGACGAGUCUGAAAGCUCCGAUUCCGAGGAUACCGGAGACCUUGACGGCUACCACGAGGCUCUGUUCAGAUUAUCGGGCACAAGAAAUGAUUGCAGGCCAACAUUUCGAGCAUCAAUGCGACGACAAUUUCCAAUUGAUCGGGAAAGAGAAGCUCAUUUAAAGAUGUUUUGA